UCCCCGUGUCCGACCCUCCCUCCCUUCAUCACUUCCACGCCGGUGCGUCCGAGAGCACUUAAACACUGCAACACCGGCAGUCCUCCUCCUCCUCCUCCUCCUCCUCACACACACAAACAGAAGGCGAGAGGAAAACCGCACAGGCGCCGAGGAGGCUCGUUUUCGCAACUGACAGCGGAGCGAGGGUCCGAUCCCGAGGCGCGCCGCCGCGCACUGCCGUCGCUCGUAAAUCGAGAUCGAGGGACUUAUUUGCGAGGGGAGCGAGUCGAACCCGAUGACCGCCGCCGAGAAGAUCGACGUUGGCGAGGGCGUGCUAGUCUGAGGACGACGACGACGACGAGGAGGACGACGAGCUCGCUUCACCGAAGCACACGUACACGUUCCGUUUUCACUCUAAGCAGCCCACAUUCUUCUCUAAAAUUGGCUCCGGUACAAACAGCCGCGUUGGAUCCGUCGGCGUACUGCGAGACUCCGGUGUACAACCCGGAUCUCUGCCCGAACAUGAUCGCGGCUCAGGCCAAGCUGGUGUACCACCUCAACAAAUACUACAACGAGAAAUGCCAGUCGAGGAAGGCGGCCAUCUCCAAGACGAUCCGCGAGGUGUGCAAGGUGGUGUCCGACGUGCUCAAGGAGGUGGAGGUGCAGGAGCCGCGCUUCAUCAGCUCCCUCAACGAGAUGGACAACCGCUUCGAGGGUCUCGAGGUCAUCUCGCCCACCGAGUUCGAGGUGGUGCUCUACCUCAACCAGAUGGGGGUCUUCAACUUCGUGGACGACGGCUCGCUGCCCGGCUGCGCCGUGCUCAAGCUCAGCGACGGCCGCAAGAGGAGCAUGUCCCUCUGGGUGGAGUUCAUCACGGCCUCCGGCUACCUGUCGGCGCGCAAGAUCCGCUCCCGCUUCCAGACGCUGGUGGCGCAGGCGGUGGAUAAGUGCAGCUACCGGGACGUGGUGAAGAUGGUGGCGGACACGAGCGAGGUGAAGCUGCGCAUCAGGGACCGCUACGUGGUGCAGAUCACGCCCGCCUUCAAGUGCACGGGCAUCUGGCCGCGCAGCGCGGCGCACUGGCCCCUGCCGCACAUCCCGUGGCCGGGGCCCAACCGCGUGGCCGAGGUCAAGGCCGAGGGCUUCAACCUGCUCUCCAAGGAGUGCUACUCGCUCAACGGCAAGCAGAGCUCGGCCGAGAGCGACGCCUGGGUGCUGCAGUUCGCCGAGGCCGAGAACCGCCUGCUGCUGGGCGGCUGCAGGAAGAAGUGCCUGUCGGUGCUGAAGACGCUGCGCGACCGACACCUGGAGCUGCCCGGACAGCCGCUCAACAACUACCACAUGAAGACGCUCGUGUCGUACGAGUGCGAGAAGCACCCGCGCGAGUCGGACUGGGACGAGAACUGCCUGGGCGACCGGCUCAACGGCAUCCUGCUGCAGCUCAUCUCGUGUCUGCAGUGCCGUCGGUGCCCGCACUACUUCCUGCCCAACCUGGACCUGUUCCAGGGCAAGCCGCACUCGGCGCUCGAGAACGCGGCCAAACAGACGUGGAGACUGGCGCGGGAGAUCCUCACAAACCCCAAGAGCCUGGAGAAGCUCUGAGGUUCCGCGCGCGCG